GCUGGUGUCCCUGUUAUUCGGUUGGCUGCUGGAGAACCUGAUUUUGACACUCCAGCUGCUAUAGCAGAGGCUGGGAUAAAUGCAAUUCGUGAGGGUUUCACAAGGUAUACUCCAAAUGCAGGCACUCUGGAACUCCGAACAGCAAUUUGUCACAAGCUUCAAGAGGAGAAUGGGAUCUCAUAUACACCUGAUCAGAUUGUGGUCAGUAAUGGUGCCAAGCAGAGUGUCCUUCAAGCAGUCAUGGCAGUGUGUUCCCCAGGAGAUGAGGUUAUAAUUCCAGCUCCAUUUUAUGUGAGUUACCCUGAAAUGGCAAGGCUGGCUGAUGCGACACCCGUGAUUCUACCAACACUCAUCUCAGAAAACUUUCUGUUGGAUCCAAAGCUUCUUGAAUCUAAACUGACUGAGAAGUCAAGAUUGUUAAUUCU